AUGAAGUCAGGCGGGCUGGAGCUGCAGGUCAGGUGUGUGACUCCUGAGCCUGAUGUCAAAGAGGGGAAGGACGCAGCCAGCACCACAGAGGAGCUGGAGCUGGAGCUGGAGGCUCUGGACAUCGCAGAUGAAACUCUUGAGCUGGAGGGACCAGACGAGGCAGAGAAUGAAGAACUCGCCAAAAAGAUGCUGGAUGAACAAGAACAAGAGGAUGAAGAGGCGAACACAGGGUCGCACCUGAAGCUGAUCGUGGACGCCUUCAUCCAGCAGCUCCCCAACUGUGUCAACAGAGACCUCAUAGACAAGGCUGCCAUGGACUUCUGCAUGAACAUGAACACCAAAUCCAACAGGAGGAAGCUCGUCCGAGCCCUCUUCACCGUCCCCAGGCAGAGGUUGGAUCUUCUGCCCUUCUACUCUCGCCUGGUGGCAACUCUUCAUCCCUGCAUGUCAGACGUGGCCGAGGAUCUCUGCUCCAUGCUGAAGGGAGACUUCAGGUUUCAUAUGCGUAAGAAGGACCAGAUCAACAUCGAGACCAAGAAUAAAACGGUCAGAUUUAUCGGGGAACUGGCCAAGUUCAAGAUGUUCUCAAAGACCGACACGCUUCAUUGUCUCAAGAUGCUGCUGUCUGACUUCACCCAUCACCACAUAGAGAUGGCCUGCACACUGCUGGAGACCUGCGGCCGCUUCCUCUUCAGGUCCCCCGACUCUCACCUGCGUACCAGCGUCUUGCUGGAGCAAAUGAUGCGUAAAAAGCAGGCGCAGCAUCUGGACGCCCGCUACGUGACGAUGGUGGAGAACGCGUACUACUACUGCAACCCCCCACCCAUGGAGAAGACGGUGAAGAAGAAGAGGCCCCCGCUGCAGGAGUACAUCCGCAAGCUGCUCUACAAGGACCUGUCCAAGGUCACCACGGAGAAGGUGCUCAGGCAGAUGCGCAAGCUGCCCUGGCAGGACCCCGAGGUCAAGAGCUACCUGAUCUGCUGCAUGGUGAACAUCUGGAACGUCAAGUACAACAGCAUCCACUGUGUGGCCAACCUGCUGGCCGGCCUGGUGGCCUACCAGGAGGACGUGGGCAUCCAUGUGGUGGACGGAGUGCUGGAGGACAUCCGGCUCGGCAUGGAGGUCAACCAGCCCAAGUUCAACCAGCGGCGCAUCAGCAGCGCCAAGUUCCUGGGAGAGCUCUACAACUACCGCAUGGUGGAGUCGGCCGUCAUCUUCCGCACCCUCUUCUCCUUCAUCUCCUUCGGGAUCAACCUGGACGGCAGCCCCAGCGUGUUGGACCCUCCGGAGCACCUGUUCCGCAUCCGCCUGGUCUGCACGCUGCUCGAUACCUGCGGACAGUACUUCGACCGAGGCUCCAGCAAGAGGAAGCUGGACUGUUUCCUCAUCUACUUCCAGCGGUACAUCUGGUGGAAGAAGAGCACUGAAGUUUGGACCAAAGAUCAACCGUUCCCCAUCGACAUCGACUACAUGAUCAGCGACACCCUGGAGCUGCUCAGGCCCAAGAUGAGGCUCAGCUGCUCCCUGGAGGAGGCCACCAAGCAGGUCACGGACCUGGAGAGGGAGGUGCUCUUCAAACUAGGUAGGAGCAUAUUGUGUGUAUCCGGCCGCAGGUAAUUACUGCAAGUAAAA